GAAUUAUGGGAUAUUGUCCAUCGGCGGCGCGGUGCCGCCAUGUCUCCUGCAGAUAAACGGCGACUAGCUUUUAUCUCUCUACUCGUUAUUGCCCUGUUUUUCCUUUUGUUGAUUUGUAUACCGACAUAUCUGUAUAUACUUUUCUUUUUUGUCGUAACUGGUGCCGUUUGUUAUUAUAAAGCAGAGGAGUUUCAGCUUUUCGAGAGGUUGGGCCUGAAUCCCCGCCGUGGGCUGACAGUUCCUACCGCGCUGUGGCGCUGGUUGCCGGGCAGGACUUUGACUGGCGUCCCGGCAGGCGGGCGGAACAAGACUCUAACUAAUAAAAACGAUGUUAGAAAUUCUUUAGUGUCUCCCAGCGAUAGGAGUUGUGUCGGUUCUGUUUAUAAGCGAAACGCAACGUUCAGCGACUCAGUAUUCAGUCCUCGGAACAUCCUGAUGGGGAGUUACCUCGCUAAGGCAGAAAGUCCCUCCGGCACAUGGCGGCCCGCUGGAAGCUCAGGCUCUGGCGGCAACCCCAGAGAACAACUCCGGGAGAGACUUGUCCGACCUAAUCAUGGAGUCCCGCCGCCAAACAGAAGAUUGUCUUUUGGCAACAGUGAUCCGGUGGGUUCUGCAGGGAAGUUCACCAUCACCCCUCAGAGACAUUACCCACUGCAGCAGGUAGGAACCUCUCCGGUGGGCUUAUUUCCCCCAGCUCAGUGGGACAACUUCCACAAGAAGAACGUUCUCACGCAGCGCAACACACCCAUACACAGUCCUGUUACAGUGAAGAUCGCAAGACCGGAAAACACAACACGCUUAGCAUUUUUUGAUCAGUUGAACUCCACUGGAGCAGUCGCAUCCCCGGAGUUUGAAGCCCGAGCUGACCCGUGUUCUAGGGAGACUGUACUGAGCGUGCUCAGAGCAAGCCGUAAACGUGACGUUGAUAACGACGAUGAUGAUGACGACGAGAGAGCCCAUGAAGCUGGGCAAAAGAGCAAAAGGAGGCGGAAUGACAGCAGUGGAAGUUCCCAGUCAGUUUUCGAGCCACUGCUAGCUAAUGGUGCUCCAUCCCAGCUUGUACCAAAACCUGGAAGUUUGAAGAGAGGCUUGAACGUCUCCGUGUUGGAGGAGUCCAUGGUAAAGAGAUCUCGGACCUCUUCGAUUAGCUCAGUUAGUGGAUGUCCUGUUUCCUUUGGCGUGCCCGGAUCAGCCCGCAACCCUAUUCGUAGCUCUUACAGUUCCUCACAGGGUUACCCUCAGAGGAGAUUAGCAUCUAAUCUGAGUUCAUCUCCUCUUGUGAGCCCUGGAUCAUCACAGUCUCAGACUCCUGAGAGGGUGGCCAAAAAGCCGAGGGCAGAAGAUGCCACUUCACCACAUUCUGAUUCAGCUAUUAACUCCGAUAAGACAGCCACUGAAACUGCCCCUGGUUCUGGUAAAUAUGCCCCUAUGCCUGAUCCCCCUGUUACAUCACGGUCAGACUCUGGAGGAAGCGGUGGCAAACGUAAACGUAAAAUCCAACUGGUGUCCAUGUGCAGAGGCGAGCAGAUAUCUUUGCCCCCACCCCCUGAACUGGGCUAUACAAUCACUGUGAAGGACCUGGAUAUGGAGAAAAAAGCUACUCUUAACCAAAUCCAGAAAGUCCUUGAGGAGCCUGAGCCAGAGAAGCCAAGCUGUGCCCCUUGUUCAUCUGCUCCUGCUGCUCCCUCCGUUGGCAUGUUUUCCCAGAUAGUUUCAUUUUCCUCAGCUUCAGCUGCCCCUGUAGGGAGUGCUACUUCACUGGCCUCCCUGUCUACCCCAGCUGCUGGUGUUCCACCUGCCUCCACUGCAAUUUCUACCCCAGCUUCAGCACCAGCUAUUGACCUCACAGUUACUCCAUCCAGCACAGUCAGUGCUACACCAAUCCAGACUGUGGUGCUGCCUACACUUGCCACCAGCACCACUUUAGCAGCACCAGUGGCUAAUUCACUAUUGGAAUCUCUUAAGAGCAUGAAGAGCAGCUCUCUACUCAGUGUUCCCUCUCCUAUAGCUGCUACCUCUGCAGCUCCAGCAACGUCUGUGGCAGCCCAGGCUCCCUCUUCCAUUACCUCCACUUCUUUAACUUUUGGGGCUGUAAAAUCUGAGCCCUCCUUUGCCACUCCACAGCCCACAGUGUCAACUCCACCUUCAUCAGUGACCUCUGCUUUUGCCCAGAUUCUGGCUCAGCCUUUACCAUCCUCAUCCACCACACUCACCCUUGGAGGAGGCAGCCUCUUUGGCUUCACUUCUUCUGUGCCCACAUCGUGUGCACCAACUGCUCCUACAGUCUCUGCACAGCCUGCUAGCAGUACAGCCAAUCCAAACCCAUCAGGGUUCAAGCCUAUUUUUGGGCCAGCCGUGACGACGACAGCCUCCACCGCAGAGGUCAAACCUACUCAAACCACUUUCAAGCCUGUUUUUGGCGGUGCAUUUAAUCAGCCGGCUUCUUCAACUUCCUCUGUACCAGCAACUCAGAGUAGCACGUUUCUAUUUGGUGUAGUCACUAAAACUCAGCCAGUGUCUUCCUCGGUCCCCUCAUCAGUCCCCAAUACACAGAAUCCCAGUCAAUCUCUGUUUGGUGAUCAGACUAACAGCCAUUCAGUGGCUGCUUCUGUCUCCACCUCUAGUACCCAGAAUCUUACUCCAGCUCUGUUUGGUGGACUGACUAACAGCCAGACAAUGGCUGCUUCCGUUUCAUCCUCCUCAAAUAUCCAAAAUUCUACUCCGUCUCUAUUUGGUGGACUGCCUAACAGUCAGCCAAUGACUGCUUCAGUUUUGUCAUCCUCCUCCAAUACCCAGAAUCCUGUUCCAUCUCUGUUUGGUGGACUGGCCAGCAGCCAACCUAUGGCUGUUUCAAUCUCGUCAUCCUCCUCCAGUACCCAGAAUUCUAUUCCAUCUCUGUUUGGUAGCUUUGCUGCUCCAAAGAGCACCUUUCAGUUUGGAGGUUCGUCAUCUACAGCCACCACCUCUGGAAUUAGCACUAGUACCACAACUACCAACAGCAACAAUACAGCUUUACAGUUUGGUGCUUUAAAACCAGCACCAACUGCUCCUCCUGCUGCUCCUCAGAACACAUUCACCUUUGGCCAAAGCCCAGCCACCACCUCCUUUACAGGGUUUGGUACGGCCAACAAUACUACCCCCAUGACAACAAACACCCCAGCGACCCAGGCCACGUUUGGUAGCCCAGUAUUCAGCACCUCCACAUGCUUUGCCAAUCCUCAAGCUCCUACUCCAGUCAAGCCUUUUACUUUUGGUGCCAGUGUUGGAGGAGGUACUGCAGUCACACCACUCGCAUUCGGCACACCCGCUAGCACAGCUGCACCAACAUUUGGAAAUUCUACACAGUCUGCAUUUACUGGAGCCUCCACUGGUUUUCCCUUUGGUAACACAAGUGCUUUGCCAGUGAGUGCUGCCUCUAUGCCAUCUGCUACCUUCACAUUUGGAGCAGCACCAGCCACACCGCAGAACUCUGCAACAUCUGGAGGUUUUAAUUUCGCAGCAGCACUUUCCGGAGCACAGUUUGCAACACCUACGCAAGCAGGGCAGAAUCAGGGGUUCUCGUUUGGAGCAGGCAACACUGAUAAUAAGCCUACUUUUGGAACCUCCACCCCUGCAUUUGGCACUGCAAGUGGGCCCCUUCCAUUUGGCAGCCCUGGGACACCUGCAGGGGGAUUCAGUGCUUCACCCUUUGGCCCUCCUUCAGCCACUUUUUCAAUUGGUGCUGGCUCAAAGCCCAGCGGUUCACGACAAAGACUACAGGCUCGCAGGCAGCACGCAAGGAAGAAGUAAUGCCAACCGCGAGGACUUUAUUUGGACACAUGCAACACCCCUUAUGACUAUUCUAGAUGCUGCUGCUAACGGGACUUUAUCAGGAUUCCAAUAGGACUUUAACACAUCUGAUGUUUGGGUUGAAGUAUAAUUAGGUACCACCAUCCCUUUUUUAGGUCAAGAGAUCUUGACAUACCAACAUCUUCCUGUGUGGAGUCAGACUGACAGCAAGUUAUGUGGACAGACAGAACUACUUGGCAGAUUAAAAGAAUGAUGAGACAAUUUAAGAACCUGAACAUGUGAAUUUCAGGCUAAAGAAGCCGAAUUUGGGUUUGAUUCUUUGCUUAUCAGGAUAUUGUUUUGGUUUGGAUUAUUUUUUUUUUUAAUAGCUGUCUGUGUGACACAUUUUUAAGUCGUCAUUCAUAUUACAAUCAUCGUCACUAAUCGAUUUUUGCUUUUAUUCAGAUGAAUACUUUCAACAAAACACUUUCAUGUAUCUCCUCCUUGACUGAAUUGCUUACUAAGGUUGCCUGAGUCAACUCGGUCUUCAGAAAAUGUGUUUUAAUUGAAAUAUGUCCCUCAUCCAAAUGCAUUGAGCAGCAAAAUAAAGUUGUUUAGUAUUUUUUAUCGCUUUUACGGCCUAUCCCUUUAAAAUAUUUGCUUGGCUCAUGCUUGAGUGAGUCAUAUUUUAGUUGAGAUGUUUCAAACCAAAACAGAUGAUUUAAUACAAGCUGUUCUUGUUUACAACCAUCUGUGUGCUAUUGGCUAUUUGACUACCUCGUAUGUUUACUCCAGUGUGUAUUACUCAAUGUCCUCUCUUUAAAUGUCCCAUAAUCUUAAGUAUUAGAAUUUUUAGUAACUAUUAUUAAGCAUAAUUAUUCAUAUCGUUAAAAACUCUUGACUCUUGUCCCAUUAACCCAACUCUUUCUAUGUCCUUCCUAGACUGCUUUUCUUGUCCUUGUGUUUUGUCUUUUUCCUUUUAGAGCUAAUACGUCACUUAAUAGUCCAUCUGUGUCUGUACCAUUGUCGGUGGGCUGGGAGUGAUCAUCUUCCUAAGCUAUACAUUUGCUAUUUAUUCAUAUUCUAGAGCUUUUUAUACAUUCAGAAAAUCCCUGCCUUGUUCUUUUAACAGGUUUGAAUAUUAGACAUUGCUUCACCUCUGAAUUAUUUUACAAUUAUUUGUGCCUUAGUGCAUCUGACUGCAGGUUAUGUGCUGUGAAUGUCACACUUGCGUGAAGGCUGUGAAAGCAAUAGAAAGCGACUGAUUGGCUUUAAUACGUAAUGUUUAGGACUUUUGUGAAUAUACUCAACUAGUUACUGAUCUCAGGGUUUUGGGCCGUUUUAAAGUUGGUCUCUGAAUUCCUUCAAAGCUCAGUCCUUUUAGAGUGAUUGGGAAAACGUGUGACUUAAGUGAUUUUGUGGAAAGCAUUCUAAAUGAAUGCCGUAAUUUAUUUUAAAUGCAAGAUUUGAUUUCAGACACGUGGGUCCUUUUUAUUGCAUGCCCCUUGUUCCAGACUUAGCUAUGUAAGUAUACUGUAGCUUGUGCAUGUCCUGUGAAAUAUUAGCUUUUUGUUACAACUGUUAGGGUUGAGCGAGUACUACUGUCAUUCCUAUAGAAUGGUCUCAAGCCAGAAAGCUCAACUAAAAGUACUUUACAUCAAAUGUAAAAUACUUUUAUGUUGCAAAUUUAUGUUGCUAUGAACCUAGGCACUAGAGCUAAUCAGCUGACCAGACUUGUUUAAGGAAAUCUCAGGUGUGUAUUUUAAGGUAUUUAGGUAGGUUGUUAUACAUUCUGUUGAAGUCAUGCGUUUUCUUUAUGCCCUGAGCACAGUCGUUUCAGGAUACACAUUUGGAAGCACAUUUUCCCCAGUCUUGUUGUUCACACUUGGUAGAAACCCCACAGUAUUUUUUUUUUUGUAUAAAGCUGCAUGGACACAUUAGUAUUUAGUAUGGUAUUCUUUCUGUUGGAUUGUGUAAAUAAUCGAGUGGGGAAAUAGCAGGGGACCAGGUUUUACAUUAUGGUGCCCUAGCAAACACACUGAACAUGGCACAUAAGUAGACUGUUGAGCAAAUGAGUAUACUGAGAGCUGGAUUUCUCACUAUGUAUGUCUGUGACUAGAUACUGUAUCGUGUGCUUUCCAACUGUAGUGUGUAGCGCGUGGGUGUAUGUAAAGUUGAUGCCUGGAAAAGCGUGUGAGGUGGUGUGUGAGUGACUUGGAGCAGCAUUUUAAAAUAAAUCUGUCUCUGUUCUGGUGGUAUGUGCUGGUUUUCAAUAAAAAAAUGUAACAAAGUCUUUGCCUGGAUUGCUGUUUAACAGGGAUGCAGUGUUGAUCUGGCCCAUUAUGGAGGCUCCUGAGUUGCCUUAAAUAAAUGACUCCAGAUUUGGAAUAAA